AUGGAUGCAGGCGAAUCAUGCCAGGGUCAAAGAGCAACGUCUAUAGCAUCCUUCAGUGUCAGCUUGCCUAAUUACAUCGUUCGAUGGUUUUCAUUACUGUACCACCUAUUGGACACUUCCUUUUAUUUGCAUCUGCAGCGGCAAGGCAACAAGUUCUAUACCUUUUGGUGUCGCCAAGUUUUAUCUCGUCUUAUUGUGGUCCUAGUUGUUGACAACCCUUUCAAUGGAUAUCCUGCUACGCAUGCCUGUUAUCGGUGGAUCAUAUCAGCCACAAGCAAGAAGCAGCAAUGA